CUCAAAUGCAGCUGCCUAGCUUUGGCUUGUACUAGUACAUCCAGAGACAAUACUGCAAAAUGACCGCAGCAAUGCCAGCUGCUUGUUCGCUUCUUCUGCUUCUCCUUCUGGUGGCGCCGGUGGCCGCCGGUGACGGCGGUGAGUGCGUCAUCGAUGGUGUCCGUUGGGCAGCUUGGGCCAACUCGAAGCAGUUGACGGAGGGCCUCGGCAUCCCGGAGCACACGUUCAGCGCCUUCAUCUUCGACCUCUCCGUCGGGCGGCAGGCCCUCUCUGCCGUCAUGGACAUCUCCAGCGAGCUCGUCUGGCUGCAGUGCUGGCCCGGGCUCAGGCCCACGCCCACCUUCCUUCCCGACCACUCCGGCUCCUUCGCCCCGAUCGCCCCCUGCCCAUCAUCCGUGCGCAACAACUCCGGCUCCUUUGGCCAGAUCCACUACGCCGACCGGACUUGCCAGCCCGGCGACCACGGCUGCGAAGCCCGCUGCCGGUACAUGGAGCACAUCUACGGCGCCGGCAACACGUCCGGCUACCUCGCCACCGACAGGUUCGGUUUGGGGAACAGGGUCGUCAGCGGCAUGGUGUUCGGCUGCAGCGACAAUGUCACGAUGCGGGACGACCUCAACGGCGCCUCCGGCUUCGUCGGAUUCAGCAGGGGCCCCCUCUCCCUCGUGUCGCAGCUCCGGCUCUCGAGGUUCUCCUACUUCAUGGAGCUCCCCGACGACCCCGACAACGGCAAUGCCUUCGUUUGCUGGAGCUGGGGAGACUACGCCGACGCUAAGGGCAGCCACACGCCGCUGCUGGCGGCCAGGCCCAACCAGAACCCGUACUUGUACUACGUCAACCUCACCGGCCUGCAGGUGGACGGGCAGCUCCUCACCGGCAUCCCGGCGGGGACCUUCGACGUCCGGGCGAACGGCUCCGGCGGGGUGUUCGUCAGCACCACCCUGCCCUUCACCUACCUCGAGGAGGCCGCAUACAAGGUUCUGAGGCGGGAGCUCAUGAGCAGGGUCCAAUCGCAGGGCCUGGCUCCGGUGAACGCUUCGGCCGGCCACAGCCUGUGCUUCCUCACGCAGCACUUCUCCAAGCUGAAGGUUCCCAAGCUGGCCCUGGUGUUCGACGGCGCCGACGCGACGAUGGAGCUCAAGGCGCAGAACUACUUCUGGAACGUCAGUGGCGGGCAGACGUGCCUCACCAUACUGCCGUCGACCACCGGCGGGUCCGUUCUAGGCAGCCUGCUGCAGACUGGCAGGACGAUGACCUACGACAUCCAUGGCGACGGCGGUGGCCAGCUGACGUUCUCGGGAGCUCCAGCGCCGGCGCAGGUGUCGCUGGCUACGCUUUUACUGGUGUGGGCGCUCCUCUUCUAGUUCCAGCUAGAUCAUGCCACCGGGCAAUAGCCUUAAUUAGCAUCAGGUUGCAGAGUGAAGUAGGUGGAAUGUAAUAAGCUUGGUUGAUGCUUAGCGCAUAGAAGUACUAGUAGUGUUGUUGGAUUGAAUUCCGACUUUUCAUUUCAAUCAUCCCGCUGCCACCACUCUAUGUUGAAUUGCAAUGCUCGAUCUGGUCUUGAUUUA